AAAAAUUCUCAUAAUCUUAGAUACAUUCAACCAGGUAUUAUAUUUAUGUCUAUAUUACUAUAUCUAUAUCUAUAUAUAUACUCUAGCAAUAUAUACUUUUGUUAGAUACUGGAGACAAGAGCUGAGACAGGUAUCAGCAUCCAUGUCUAUCAAGACUCAAUACAAAAACGAGGGCUUGAAGUGCAAAAUGGCUGUGAGGUGAUCAUAGCUAUCAUCAGACAGAAAGCAAAGCCAAGCUGUUGUGAUUUGUUUGUAAUUCAUUUUCUUUUACCAUAAAGCGAUGCCCGGAGAAUCACACACAAAUCUUUCACUGUAGAGAGAGAAGAUACACAUGGUCGCUUAUUAUAUUAAUAAUCUUCUUCCUCUCUCUGCUGUGGGCUGCGUUGCGUUACCUUAAGAAAAAGGGUCGAAUAGAAAAAGGGCCAGCUCUUCUCUCCAUCUCUUGCCCUUUCUUCCUAUCUGAAUCAUCAUCAUCAUCAUCAUGGAGACCAACUUUGUACGUGUCAAAGAGGCGGUUUUGGUGGCUCCUUCUGAAACCACGCCGUCUCGUGUUCUCGCUCUUUCGGCUCUGGACUCUCAGCUGUUUCUGCGGUUCUCCAUUGAGUACCUUCUGGUGUAUCAGUCUCGUCCUUGCUCCGACCAUGGGGUGACCGCGGAUCAUGUCAAGGCGGCACUGGGUCGAGCCCUGGUUCCGUAUUAUCCGCUGGCGGGGAGGGUUAGGGUUGGGUCGAGUGGUUCGAAUCUGGAGGUGGUGUGUCGAGCUCAGGGCGCGGUGUUCAUUGAGGCUGUUUCGGACCUCACCGUCGCCGACUUCGAGAGGACCCCUAGGCACGUGACGCAGUGGAGGAAGCUACUGUCGCUGUACGUGGAGGAUGUGCUCCGGGGCGCGCCGCCGCUGGUGGUUCAACUGACGUGGCUAGCCGAUGGCGGGGCUGCGCUAGGUGUCGGCAUCAACCAUUGUCUCUGCGACGGCAUCGGCAGCGCCGAGUUCCUCAACGCAUUCGCUGAGUUGGCCACCGGCCGCGGCGGCCUCUCUGAGUUCAAGCCCAAACCGGUGUGGGACCGCCACCUUCUCGAUCCGAAACCCCUCGAACCUCCCCGCAGAGCCUCCUCAUCUACUCACCCCGAGUUCAACUCAGUCCCAGACCUCUCCGGUUUCGUAACUCGCUUCUCCCAGGAACCACUCGUCCCCACCUCAAUCACCUUCGACAAACGAUGCCUCAAUGAGCUCAAACAACUCGCCUCCUGCACGGGUCGACCCAGCGAGUCCUCAUACACGUCCUUUGAAAUCCUCUCAGCUCACGUAUGGAGAAGCUGGGCCAGAGCUCUGAAUAUGCCAUCAAACCAGACCCUCAAACUCCUCUUCAGCAUCAACAUUCGAAACCGAGUCAAGCCAAGUCUCCCACCGGGUUACUACGGCAACGCGUUUGUACUUGGCUGCGCCCAAACCACCGUGAAGGAGAUAACAGAGAAAGGCUUGGGACACAUGUGUGGUUUGGUGAAGCGAGCGAAGGAGAGAGUAGGAGAUGAGUACGUGAGGAGAGUGGUGGAUAUGGUGAGUGGCGAGUCGAGGGCGAGUCCUGACUCAGUGGGAGUGCUGAUACUGUCACAGUGGUCAAGGCUAGGGCUAGAGAGGGUUGACUUUGGGAUGGGGAUACCAGUCAAUGUAGGACCCAUAUGCAGCGAUAGAUACUGUUUGAUGUUGCCGGUGUCUGAUCAGAGGGACGCCGUGAAGGUUAUGGUGGCGGUCCCCACAUCUGCCGUUGACCAAUAUAUACAUUUGAUAGGGAGUCCCUACUCUUAAGAUCGUUGACUUUUUGCUUACUGACUUCUUUUUUAUUGGUAGAUUCCAUUUUGAUUUCAGUGAGUGGACCAUAUGCGUUUUGCUCUCUCUUUUAGGAA